AGAUGAGGUCGGGACCAUGCGGGCCAGAGAGCUGUAAUAGUCACUGGGACCGUCUAUUCCUGAAUCUGGCCACCCUCCAGCCCUUCAGGGACUGAGCAUGCCACACGGUCUUCAAACCUCUGUGCCUUUUAUAUGCUGUUCCCUCUCCUUGGAAUACCAACUGUGACAAGUGGUACCUACCCAAGAGAAGUGAGAACAUACGUUCAUGCAAGAACUUGGCACACUGGCGUUCACAGCAGCAUUAAACACAACAGCCCCAAAGUGGAAACAACCCACAUGUCCAUUAACGGAUGCACGGAGAAACAAAAUGUGGUCGAUCUGCGCAAGGAAACAUGAUUCAGCCAUUAAACGGAAGGAAGGGUUGGCACCUGCUACAUCACAGAUGGACCUUGGAAACGUGAUGCUGGUACAGUGCGGAAAGGUGAAUUUUAUGGUAAUACACCUUCUUUGUUCUGGAAAGAGUGAACAAGGUAACAUGGACACAGCCCUUCUCCUCCUCCUUCUGUCCUCUAGCCAAUGGAUCACCUCCCCAAAGGUGUGCAAUAUAGUGAUUCAACACUUCUAUACAUUACUCAGCUCUCAUCACACCUGGAACUGUUGACAAAGUUAGCCCGUCUGAAUCAGGCACACCCCAGCAUGGAAAACCAUGGAACAUUCCAUGGGUGCCCGGGCCUCCAGUUGGCUUCAGAAGCCAGUGUGGAUCUCAAUGUGCUUGAACUCAUGACCCUGAGAUGAAGACCUGAGCUGAUAUCAAGAGUUGGAUGCUUAACUGACUGAGCCACCUGGGCGCCCCACAGUCUGCUCAAUGGCUAUUUUCUGAAUGAUUGGCUAAGCAUCUUCAAAUUUGUGGCACAUCACCUGGGGACACCCACUGCACUAGAACUAUGUGGGGCCAUAGUUUUGCUUGAUAAUCCACUGGAACCACUUGAUUUUCCUUCUGCGCAAGUAUCUUCUAUGGCUUGUCUUCUGAAGUAAUAAGACGUUCCAGGAUCGUGUUGUAUUUUGCCCGCCCCUGGUCACGGAAGUAACCUUUUCUUCGAGGAGCUCCGGUUUCUUUCACUAGGAAAUGAAGUGAGACCUACUUUCGAUGCAAUGUAAAGAGCAGAUGAUUUCAAAAGAGGCUCUACGGAGGUGUAUUUUUGGGCAGCGGGCAGAGUUUGUUGAAUGAAAUGGCGGGAAGGGUCCCCGGGCCAGCUCUUCAUACACAGAUGAACAAACAGGGUAUCAGCCACCAUCAGAGCUACGUGGCCCAGUCACGAGGGCACGGCACCGGGAGACCAUCCCCAGGGUGUGACCUUUGGCAAGUCAGGCCCUCGCCCUGGCACCCCUUCCAGCGGGACACUCUGCGGCUCCAGGUAGGGAUUCCACAGCUGGGUGGUUCUAAGCCACCAGGUGCAUGAAAGGCCACGGGAUGCUGGUCCUACUGCUGCAUGCGGUGGUCUUUGGCCUGCCCAGUGUCUGGGCCGAGGAGGCCUGCACGCGCACCUGCCCCGCCGCCUGCGCCUGCGGCAGCACGGAGCGCGGCUGCUCCGUGCGCUGUGACCGCGCCGGCCUCCUGCGGGUGCCGGCAGAGUUCCCGUGCGAGGCGGCCUCCAUCGACCUGGACCGGAACCGCCUGCGCUUCCUGGGCGAGCGGGCCUUUGGCACGCUGCCGUCGCUGCGCCGCCUGUCGCUGCGCCACAACAACCUGUCCAUCACGCCCGGCGCCUUCAAGGGCCUGCCGCGCCUGGCCGAGCUGCGCCUGGCGCACAAUGGCGAGCUGCGCUACCUGCACGCUCGCACCUUCGCCGCACUCAGCCGCCUCCGCCGCCUCGACCUGGCCUCCUGCCGCCUCUUCACCGUGCCCGAGCGCCUCCUGGCCGAGCUGCCCGCCCUGCGGGAGCUCGCCGCCUUUGACAACCUCUUCCGCCGCGUGCCCGGCGCGCUGCGCGGCCUGGCCAACCUGACGCACGCGCACCUGGAGCGCAGCCGCAUCGAGGCGGUGGCCUCCAGCUCGCUGCAGGGCAUGAGGCGCCUGCGCUCGCUCAGCCUGCAGGCCAACCGCGUCCGCGCUGUGCACGCAGGCGCCUUUCGCGACUGCGACGCCCUGGAGCACCUGCUGCUCAACGACAACCUGCUGGCAGAGCUGCCCGCCGGAGCCUUUGUAGGCCUGCGCCGCCUGCGCACGCUCAACCUGGGCGGUAACGCGUUGGGCCUCGUGGCGCGCGCCUGGUUCGCCGACCUGGCAGAGCUUGAGCUGCUCUACCUGGACCGCAACAGCAUCGCCUUCGUGGAGGAGGGCGCCUUCCAGAACCUCUCGGGCCUCCUCGCUCUGCACCUCAAUGGCAACCACCUCACUGUGCUGGCUUGGGCCGCCUUCCAGCCUGGCUUCUUCCUGGGCCGCCUCUUUCUCUUCCGCAACCCGUGGCGCUGUGACUGCCGCCUGGAGUGGCUGCGGGACUGGAUGGAGAGCUCCGGGCGUGUGUCCGACGUGCGGUGUGCCGCCCCGGGCUCCGUGGCCGGCCUGGACCUCAGCCAGGUGGCCUUUGGGCGCUCUUCCGAUGGCCUCUGUGUGGACCCCGAGGAGCUGAACUUCACCGCAUCCAGUCCAGGCCCAUUCCCAGAGCCAGAGGCUACCACCGUGAGUAGGUUCAGCAGCCUCCUCUCCAAGCUGCUGGCCCCGAGGGUCCCAGUGGAGGAGGUGGCCAACGCCACUGAGGGGCCGCUCAACUCCUCCCUGUCUGACAGCCUUUUCUCCGCUGGGGUGGUUGUCUCGGGCCACAGCACCCGGUUUCUCCUCGGCUCUGGUCUCCUGCUCAGCGUGGCCCAGCGCGUGGUGUUUGUCCUACACGUGAACUGACCUUGCCUCACUGGGUUAGCCCAGAUUACCUUGGCCGGUGGGGGAAAGCAUAGUUAACUGGACUUGAGGGUGUUUGUGGUGGGGCGAGAGGCUAACAGGAUGCGGGCAGGUGGUGAAAAUUCUAGCCCAGAAUGGAAGGGACAGUUUACUUUCAGAAAUGGCUCUAGGGAGAGGAGAUCCCUGGGCAAUGCCACGCCGGGGAUGGGUUGGAGGUGGGGAAAGGAAUGGAUUUCUGCUCAUGUCACGCGAGCAUCAAUUGGAGAAGAGAAGCAACAGUGAACACGGGCCCUCCAGUGAGAAGAUUAGGAACUGGAAGCUCCUGGGGCUACAGGGCUCUACCCCCAUCCCUUGCCCACAUCUUCCAGGAAACAGAGACUGCAGUGCCUGAAUUAGAGUCAGUCGAGUGGCUAAGUACUAAGAACUGUGCCGGUUUUCCUGGUGGGACAGCCCAGUAAGCCCAGUCCCUUUGUUUUCUACCACAAUUGCCCUCCCUCUCACCCAGGGGCACAGGACACUAGAGUCCAGGAAGAUGGACAGAACAAGAGAGAAGGGGGAUGUGAGAGGAACUUAGACCCAAGGGGUUGGUGGUGGUUCCUGGGGUCUGGAAUGUGUUAGGAGGCAUUGAAAACAAAGAUCCAUUUCACUUACUCCACAGUUAUUUCCCAGGGGCGGCCUUAGCCGCAAAGCAACUUUAGGGCAGGGUAGGGAAAAGGGGGGAUGGGGUUUUCCAUGUACAAAUAAGUGUGUAAAAUCCUAAGAUUAAAAAAAAAAGUUAAACAAGUUUCUUUACUGCAAGAUUUUUUAGAGUCUUUCAUAUGCAAACAUGCAUUAUGACUCUCCAGGGAGGCCACAAAAUCCUCUUUUCUUAGGUUUCGUGGGAAGAGUGUCGGGAAGACAGAGAUGCUGUUAGCAGGGCAGGGAGUCUCCAGCCUGGAUGAUCCCAUUAGGUGCAGACAUUAUUAUGGGUGGCACACUUUGGGGCUGACUAAUGGCCAGGAGGCGAGGAGGCAGCCAGUAGCUGGGAAGGGGGCCACAGAGGUUUCCCAGGGUGGGAGUUGGCCAACUGUAAGCCCCUAGGCCUGGGUGCCAAAACAAAUUCUGUAUGUCUGCUAAAGACUUGCUCACACACUUGUCCACACACAAGUAACGAUGACUGCAUUUGUCAACAUGCUCGAAAUCCAUAGGUUUUUUGUUUUUUUUGGUGAGUAAAGUGAUAGGGGUUUUUAAAGUGAGGAUACAGAAAAAGCUCUCAUGAGUGAGAGGGGUCCCAACAGGGUUGCCCUCGGAAUCUCAAGUUUUAAUGUCCUGAAUGCCUCUAUGUUUCAAGAGUUGGGUUUUCAAAGCCCACAUAAUUCAGGGUGCGUGAAGCUGUCAGGUCUUCAUGGUGAUAGUACUUCUUCUUUGUCUCUAGGUCAUACUAAAUAUCAGAAAUGUUGCAGAAAGCACCUCUGAGGGUAGGAGUGUUCAAAUGGGUUGUGACCGUUCGCGGUCAAUCACCUCAACAGGUCACAACCAGCAUUUAAAAAAACCAAGAUGGAACAGAAAAGUCACAGAGUCUUACACAUUAACAGGUAUUGUUUUGUGAAACUUUAUUGAAUUUGUAUGCAUUUGUUCAGAUGAUAUGUCUAUGUGUGUAUGUUAUGUCUGGGUCACUGAGUACAAUUUAUAUUUUAUUGUGGGCUAUUGUUGAAGUUUGAAAGUCACUAAUCUGGAGCAUGCAUGAUUUUUUGAAAUGCUUCAUUUUGAAAAGGAACCUACAGGAAAGUUGCAAGGAUAGUAGAGUGAAGGCUUUGGCCAUUCACCUCAGUUUCCCGGUUGUUCCCAUUUUACUGUAUUUGCUGUAUAUAGUUUGAGUUAGUUGUAAACAUCACAGCCCUUCAUCUCUAAAAGCCACAGCAUGUAUUUCCUAUCAGGAACGUUCUCACUGAUAGAAUACUACUAUUUAAAAUAUAUUCUGUCUUGAAAUUUCAACGGUUGUCAAAAUGAUUUUUUUGACAGGCAGUCGUUCUUUUUCCUCAGAGUGGAAAAAAUGUUCCUUGUAUUCGUUUGAUCACAAUACUCAAAAUUCCAAAUCCGCCGAUUGACUUUAAUGUUUUAAAAUGAGUUUUUUCUCCAAAUGUCUUACUUUUCAAAUGUGAGAACCAGAUGAGGUCAGAAGUGUUGUUUGUUCAAACUGUGUGUUGUAGCCAUGGUAACUGAGUAAGGAUCACAAGAAUCCUGGAGACCAGAUCUGUGUGUUUGGGUAACCAUGGAAGUCCGUGGCAGACGUGUAACCCAUGUUACUGAGGAACAAGAUGCCGCCUCGGGAGGAAUGUCCUUCCUUUCAUUUGGAGCCCGUUCCCGAGAGUCAGCCUCAAUUCUGCUGCCCCAAUUCUGCCUGGUGGUUAGAUGGCCAGCUUUUUAAUGAACAUUUGUUUGACUGAAUGUUUUUGAACAAGUAUCAACACUGGAACAGCCUCCGGGGAGGCAGAUUUUUAUAGAACUACCCAGCCCAGUAGAAUUCUGGGAACAUGGGAGUUGCUAAAUGCCAAACAGAUCCAGAGUCGCCUGGAACGGGUUCCUGGUGAACUGUGGCCAUUAUGAGCUUUCAUGAGAGAACAGGCAGUGGAGCUCCCAGUGUUGAGUUCAUUAAGUUUCCCGCCCCAUCAUUGGCUAAUAGUACCUUGAGAAAUCCUAAGGUGCUAGGGAUGCUGCUAAGGAAAAUGACGCGUACCUGUCUGGAUGGACCAUUUUAUGCUGUGGUAACAAACA